AUGGCAGUAAUGUUGGUAAGUUACCAAUUGCAGGCGUAUAUGGAUCAGCUAGAGGCAAUGUCUUCCCUGAAGGGUAGUGAUGUGCAGGACUUUCAGAGAUUCACAGAUCUUGUCUGGAUAACUGUUGUUAAGUUGCAGGCAGAGGGUCGGGAUGGAGAGUUGGGGGAAGGUACGUUGCAUGGUUUGUUGGUCAAAAAGCUUGCAGAAAGACAGAUUGAAAACUAUAGUUGUUGGCUUAGGGAACAUAAAAAAGAAGAGGUCAGUGUUCAGCUUGAAGGAUUGAUUGGAGGAAGAGGUUGAGAUGAGAGUGGAAGCUGUGGAAAUGGUUCAUGGUGUUGAAGGUAUUGAUUUGUCAUUAAAAAGGAAUGAGGCUGGUGGGGGGAAGUCUAGAUAUGGUGAUAGAGGUCUGUCCUGUACACUAUUUGCUGAUCAUGGUGGAGUUGGUGGUAAGGAUGUGAAGCCACAUUGUGUGAGGGGAACCAUGGUAUAUGGUCUUGCCAGAGAUUUUGGAAUAUGAAGGUUCAAGAUAGAUGGAAUAUAUAGAAUUUCAUGUUAUAGUAUAUCUUAUAAUUUUUUGGAAAUGUUAAUUGGCUCUGAAAAGCCCCAUUGGGGAGAGUUCAAUAAAUUAUUGUAUUGUAUUGUAUUGUAUUGUAUUGUAUUGUAUUGUAUGGAACAUAGCUAAAGUUAAGCACUUGUGCUUUUGCUGUCGUGUCUUGGGAGUGACCACCAGGGGAAGGCAUGCCUUUGGUCCAAAGCCUGCAAGACUGAUGGUUGCAUAAAGAAUCACCAUGCCCUGCUGCAUGAUUCUGCCCCGCAAGUCAAGCGCCCAGAGGCCAAGAAUCUGAUUCCCGCACACAUACCACAACGCAAGAUACCCCAGCCACUGAAGCACUCUCACUACGAACAAUUCCGGUAUGUUUGAAAGUGAACAAUCGAAAGGUGAAAGUUAAUGUGCUGCUCAACCAUGCAUCAAAUGAGACGUUCCUUUACGCUGAUGUUGCAGGAGUGUUGGACAUUCAAGAACCAUUACAAACAGUCCACGUCCUGAAUGACGAAAUUGAAACAUUUGAGUCUAUGCCAGUAAAUGUUACUAUUGAGAGUGUCGAUGGACAGUUUUGUGAGAACAUUAGUGUGAAGACCUGCCCUCGAAAGGUUACAGGAAAUUACAAGGUGGAGUGUUAGCAAGGAAAGAUGGGAACAUUUAACACAAUGUGAUUUUGCAAAGAUGGGAUGGUGGAUUUGCUUAUUGGAACAGAUAACACAGAUUUACACUACUCCGCAAGCUCUUGUCUUUGAUAAUUUACAACGUUCUGGAGUCUUUAUUUUGGCUUCAAAGAGAUUUCAGUUCGUGUCUAAAACCAAGGGAGCUUUAAAACGACAAACAUUUGAACAUUAUUUUUCCAGUUUUCCUAGAUACCAGUGGCAUAACAGAACAAAAUCAUUUUGAUUAAGUCAGCAAUAAAACACCACAUGUAUACCAUCAUCCAUUUAUCAUAGACUUAUUCUUUACAAUAUUUUUUUCACAAACUGCAAGUUCAACAUUCCACGGUGAUGAAACGAUAUUGCAGCAAGCUCCAAACGACAAUGGUGACGAACCAGUCUCGCUGCAGGAUGGUAAAUAUUUUGUUAUAUACAUGUAGAUAUAAAUAUUUGAAACGUACAAAAGUUCCACAGCAAACUAUGCACAGGAAAGGGAAAUAUGCAAGUCUCAAAACAAAUUGGUUACUGUUUAUUGCUUCAUUAUUUGGCUUAUACAUGCAGACCAAACAAAAAUAUCAUCUUUCGCGCCUUCACAAAAAGCGAGUGCUAAGUUUACAAAUUUGAGCGAAAAUGCCGAUACUAUAAUUCUCCCUACUGAGGAAAACAGUAACGGUCAAUCAACUCCCUUAGUCACUUUGUCCUUCUUUAAAUACAUUUUUUAUUUCAUCCAUGUAUAUACAGCAAGUGUAUAAUAAAUUACGAUACGCGAUGCUUACAGGACACCUGAUAAAUAUGUGUCAUCAUGUUUCAGUGUUGCAUUUUACUCACGUUUUUCUGUUUCAGUAAAACUAGUCAAAAGCCAGAUACCAGGGAACCAAAUGUUCCCUAUUACACUUUCAAUAUGUAUAAAACUUGAAUAUCAUUAUAACAAAAUGGAUAGAAGUUUAAAAUCUUUUCUGCUCUACAUAAUUAUUGUCUUGGAAAAAAGAUAACAUUAUAUCUACCUUGACAACGACGAUUCGCGUCUUUUUAUGCGGUUUAAUAAAUUUUGAUAUCUUUUUCUUCUUGUUUGUAGGUGAUCAAUCUGCAAAAGAUUUAGAAGGUAGAAAUAAAAAGUGUAUUAUAACACAAAUUACGAAUAAUAAUAACAUGACUUGUUAAAUGAUGUGGACGUCAAGUCAAAACAAUCAAGGACUUUCAACAUUUAUCUUCGCAUGAACACAAUGUAUCACCGAUUCCGUGUACACUUACAUAUUUCUAAGAAUUUUCAGGACAUCCAAAUGAUCAAGCCUGUAUAGUUUUCGUACAACCUAGCAAUCACAGAUUACGGGAGGUUUUUCAUGCAAGCUCUUCUCUUUGAUAAUUUACAAAGUUCUGGAAUCUUUAUUUUGGCUUGAAAGAGAUUUCAGUUCGUGUCUAAAACCAAGGAAGCUUUAAAAAGACAAACAUGCAUUUGAACAUUUAUUUUUCCAGUUUUCCUAGAUGCCAGUGGCAUAACAGAACAAAAUCAUUUUGAUUAAGUCAGCAAUAAAACACCACAUGUAUACCAUCCAUUUAUCAUAGACUUAUUCUUUACAAUUUUUUUUUCACAAACUGCAGGUUCAACAUUCCACGGUGAUGAACGGAUAUUGCAGCAAGCUCCAAACGACAAUGGUGACGAACCAGUCUCGCUGCAGGAUGGUAAAUAUUUUAUUAUAUACAUGUAGAUAUAAAUAUUUGAAAUGCAUGAAAGUUCCACAGCAAACUAUGCACAGGAAAGGGAAAUAUGCAAGUCUCAAAACAAAUUGGUUACUGUUUAUUGCUUCAUUAUUUGGCUUAUACAUGCAGACCAAACAAAAAUAUCAUCUUUAGCACCUUCACACAAAGCGAGCGCUAAGUUUACAAAUUUGAGCGAAAAUGCCGAUACUAUAAUUCUCCCUACUGAGGAAAACAGUAACGGUCAAUCAACUCCCUUAGUCACUUUGUCCUUCUUUAAAUACAUUUUUUAUUUCACUUAUGUAUAUACAGCAAGUGUAUAAUAAAUUACGAUACGCGAUGCUUAGAGGACACCUGAUAAAUAUGUGUAAUCAUUUUGACAGUGUUGCAUUUUACUCACGUUUUUCUGUUUCAGUAAAACUAGUCGAAAGCCAGAUACCCGGGAACUAAAUUUUCUCUAUUACACUUUCAAUAUGUAUAAAAAUUGAGUAUCAUAACAAAAUGGAUAGAAGUUUAAAAUCUUUUCUGCUCUACAUAAUUGUUGUCUGGGAAAAAGAUAACAUUAUGUACCUUGACAACGACGAUUCGCGUCUUUUUAUGUGGUGUAAAUUUUGAUAUCUUUUUCUUCUUGUUUGUAUGUGAUCAAUCUGCAAAAGAUUUAGAAGGUAGAAAGAAAAAGUAUAUUAAAACACAAAUUAUGAAUAAUAAUAACAUGACUUGUUAAAUGACGUUGACAAGUCAAAACAAUCAAGGACUUCAACAUUUAUCUUCGCAUGAACGCAAUGUCUCAUCGAUUCCGUGUACACUUACACAUUUCUAAAUGAUAGCGGCUUUUGGAAUGCAUUCUUGCGCAAAUGCAGACACAUCGAAAAAUACUAAAAAGUAUUUAAUGUACCACAAUUUGGGAGAAAAAAGUUUUAGCAUUUGACAAGGUCAUCUAUACGGAUACGGUUUUGAUCGCUUGCGGUGGGUACCAGUGUCAGUAGCGAUAUAAAAAAUAAGUGGGGAUAAAGUAGGACUUUGAAAGGACUUCGCUCAAAAUAUCGAAGGAAGUAUUUUCUUUGUCUUUUUAAGUAUAGUUGGAUAAACAUGUACACCAACCAAUAGUUUGUUGUUGACAUGUAUAAUAAAAAGUCAUUUAGACAACUGAAAUAUGACGUAUUUGAAGUAUGACGUGGUUAAGUGAAAGAAAAGAAAUCAUAGCUAACAAACACACCAGAAGGCAGAAUGGUCGAAGCUGAAAUGUGGAAAUGAACAUAUAGAGUUUCUAAAAUUUUGCCACAAUUAUUACAUAUAGCAAUAUGACAAAUGACUUUCUUAUUUUUUAGACGUGACAGAUUAUCACUGCCCAUGUUGGUUUUGGUGAAGUUUCCGGAGCACAUAAAUGUAUAACUUGUCGUCAUUCUGUGCAUGUCAUUUGUGGUGUUGCCCUUGGUAAUGAAGGUUAUGGGCAGGCAGUAAAGUGCUACAAGUGCCAUGAAACAGGUAAAAUACUAGUGAUGUCAAACUCUUCAAGAUCCUUUUAAAAUUUUUUUUUAAGAAAAUCUUUAAAUGUUCGAAAGUAAAUGUUCUACUCAAAAUAACGGUAAAUCACAAGCAUUGUAAAAGCUGAAUCUCUCCUUCCGGUGCAUGGGGCAGUCAGAAACUUUUUUCUGGAUUUGUCUGGAAGAUGGUAAUGAAAACAAGAGGACGGAAUGGCCGAGAGGCUUUUCUUUUGCACUCCUUUAUGAAGUGUAACGUAAGAGCCUCGAUGUGGUUCAGUAUAUAGUUAAUCAUUUUAGCUGUACAGUGGAGAGUGACUCUAAAACCUUAAACCUUAAACUCUAAGAGCGUAAAGCAUAAUGGGAGUACGAUUUAAACAGUUUAGAAAUCAUCUAUGAAGCCCAUUUCUUAGAAACAUGGCAAAUAUUCCCCUCCGAGAACAAUUCACUACAAAAAAGCUGCAAUAUUCAACUACAAAGCUUGAAACUUAUACUCCCAUUAGGCUUUGUGCGCUUAGAGUUUAAGGUUUAAGGUUUCAAGUUUAAGGUUUUCAAAGAACAAUCUUUAUUGAAUUAGCUGUGUGUGUGUGUGUGUGUGUAUGUGUGUGUGUGUAUAUAUAUAUAUAUAUAUAUAGCGAUCAAACCAAAAUAAAUUUCAUUUGAUAGAGUGAAGACUAACUCAGAUUUUGAUAUAUUACAGUUGUAUUUUACUUAAAAAUUCACGGAGAUAUGAAUGUUCAAAAUCGGUAGCGUAUUGCCGGAUGUGUCUAAAAUAUACAAAAAAGCUGUAUCAAAUAUUAAUCAAGCUUUGCUCAACUGAAACACGCACUAUUAGCAGCAAAUAAAUUACACUUGACAAAUUGUUUAUUAUGAAAUGAAGUAUUAUUAUUUUCAAAAUAUAAGCAAGAUUUAAUCCUUCAGAAUCUACUUUGUUUUCCACCCAAAAUACGAAAAAGAUUCAAGGAAAAUGUAUGCGGACUCCUUGCCCUUGUCUUUAAGGUAUUUUUAAGUCUUUAAAUAAAGAUUUAUCAAACAUUUGCAUAAUUUCGAACGUUGAGUUUAAACUUACAUGUAAAAUAUCAAAAUCUAAGUUAUACCCUUACAAACCCUUAUGAUAAUUUAUUGAAAUACCCUGAUAUGUCUUUAAGCUGAGCAAAGCUUGAUUAAUAUUCGAUACGGCGUUUUUUUUCAUAUUUUAGACACGUCCAGAAAUUCGCUAUCGAUUUUGAAUAUUCAUAUCUCCGUGAAUUUUUAAGUAAAAUACAACUGUAAUAUAUCAAAAUCUAAGUUAAUAUUCCCUCUGUCAAAUGAAAUUUAUUUCGGUUUGAUCGCUUUCCUCGUUUAGAAGUUAUGCUUAAUCAAACAGGUUAACUUUUUUUUGCGCCACCUGGUAUAUAUUUAACAAAUAUAAAAAUUUUCCGUGUUGAUAUACAGUUAUAUCAACACGAGUGGAAUUGGGAAAACUAGAAAUUGUGUGGAAUUCAGCGUUCAGAAUUUACAAAUGCUAUAUUAUAAAUAUAUAUAUACCGGGCCUUCCGGGGACUCUAUAAUGAUCUUAUAUGACGUCCAAGAAGACCUCGUCCGGCUCGUCGAGACAACAGAUACAGUUUUUAUUUUCACUGUACAAAAUUAAGAUAUUUUGCCUUACAAAUUAUCCUCAAAAGUCAAAUGACAUUACAUAUAAUAAAUUACGAUAAAGUUCUCUGCAGAGCGAACAAAAAAGUUAAAAAAUAAACAUAUAAAUACGAGAAAAUAUAUUAUACAUGAUACAAAACGGAGACAAUACAUCGUUGGAGAAAGCAAAAUAAAUCAGUUUUACCGUCCAGUCUCUUCUCAAGCACGUCUUAAACAGUAAAUACACAAAUAACAUGCCAAUAAUUCGCACAAAUUAAUAACACUUAAAAAGUGUUAAAGUUGGCUUCGAUGGAAAAUUCCUCGACCUCAAGUUUUCAACCGAACAACAACAGCUCCGAAAAUGAACCCACUGUCCAUAUCCGCUGACCUUGCGGGAAACAACUCCCGGUCCAAAAUAAGAAAUUAUAUUGCAUGCAUGUAUAAGCGCCGAAAUUCCCGAUCCUCCGUUGAAGCUACAGUCGCUGUUUUCCGAAGAAAAAUGUUGUUAAAAGUACCUCUGUUUAGAUUAAAUUAAAACAAUAAAAAAACAACUAUAAUUUGUUUGACAAAAUAGUGAACAAAACAUUUCUAUCAUCUUGCGGACACACAGGCAAAAGUUUGGCCUAAAAUUUAAUCGGAAAACUACAUACGGACUAGCGAUUAUAUUAAAAGUUUUUCAACCAGAAAACAAGAUAAACACAAAAACAAAACUGAUUUUACUAUAAACUAGCCCGGUUUUACUAUAAACUCGGUAUAAAAUACCGUGCGCGAUUACAUGACAAGAAUUUCAGCCCGGGCUGAAAUUUCAGCCCAGUUUGAGCUGCCCGGGCUGAAAUUUCAGCCUGGGCUGAAAGAUAGCCCGGGCAGCAUGUAAUCGCAAAUAAAUUUCAGCCUGGGCUGAAAAAAAAUUGUUAAAAUGGCUUUAUUUCGUGUUUUAUCUCAUCUUUAAUGCUUUAUAUGCAACCACAGCCUCACACAAGUGAAAUAGUCGAAUAAUCGGCAUUUUAAAUGUUCAAAAAAGCGAAACAUUGCCUUACUGGCCAUUUCGCGAUAUCGUAUGAUUUCAGCCCAGGUUUGUUUACCACAAGGGAUAAAUAUAGCUCUGAUUAAAACUCAGCCCGGAUUCAAGCUGCCAAUCGUUAUACCAUUUCAGUUCAGCAAACCGGGCUGAAACUCAGCCCGGGCUGAAAUGGCUCCAUGCAAUCAGCCCCUAAAUAAAAAAUAGCCAUUUGAUUCACGCGUCUUUUGUUGCUCUUCUGCUACUAUAGUAGGCUAUCACUAGCCUAUUAUAGUAGCGUAGCUAAUCAAAAUGCUGGACACGUAAUAGCCGCUUCUAAGUUUAUACUAAAGGGCUGUUUACAUGAGCCCGGCAAGCCGGGCUGAAACGUUACCAAGCUAAAUUGGGCGGGAAAACUUGUUUACGAGUCACACAUGUCAAAUGCAUGUUUUAUAGAGCAAAUUUGCAAUUUAAAUCUAAUCAACAAGAACAACUUAAGAAAUAACUACUUGUCCAAUCGAUAUUGUAGCUCGUAGAGCAGUUUUUGCAAUAGCCCGGCUAGCCAGGCUGGUGACUUUACAUGGGAAAUUUUAGCCCGGUUAACCGGGCGCCCCGUUUGACUCAAGUGAGAUCCCGGCUAGCCGGGCUGGCCCGGUUUACAUGUAAACUAAAAUUUUUUUUAAGGUAAUUUGUAUGUGGCCGGGCGCCUCGGUUCCGGGCUCAUGUAAACAGCCCCUAAUACCACUUAUAGUUAUUGGUUAGAAUAUUAUAAUAUGUAGUACCAACUCUUCGAGUAGAUUAAUUAGGGAGGGGGACACUUUUUACAUUAGUUUAGUUUCAGGUGUUUAAACCUUGUAGAGGACCUCGUUUCCUAUUGUUUGUUCGCCUUGUAUAUCUAUAUACUGAAUUUUUUUAAAAAUUACAGAUCAUUCGAAGACGGCUAACCAGUAUCUUGGUCACAAGGUAAAUGCGCUGAUAAAAACAUAUAAUGGAUCAAGAAUAUGUAGCGUACCAAGAUCCCCAAUAAUCACUUCAACACACUCAGUAUAUAGAAUCUGGUUUAUUAAGAACAAUCUCUCUAUUUUUAUAGUCUACAUAAAUAGAGCGUUUGCAUGCAAUGACGUCAAGGAUGCAUGGGCGAUGUGGAAGGGAGUGCUUACCGCAAUAUGCUUAGUCAUCGACCCAUGUGCUAAAUCCGCUAAUAAUGCUAAUUAUUUACACAAUCGGUAACAAAUAUAAUGAAUCAAGAACUUUUCGGACUUGUUUGGCAGAGCUUGGGCGAUAUCUUUCAUAAAGCAAAACACACAUUUAGAAAAUUGAUCGCUCAUGUAUCUUGUAUUUCCGAUCGGAUCUAUGUUUAUAUGGUUCAUGACAAUAUAUUCCAAUUAUCCGGCAUUACAACGCUUGACUGAAAGGCGCAACUUGUGAAAAAAAACCCUGGCUGACUUGUGAAAAAAGGCCCGAAUAAUGGUUCCAUCAAGUGUUUAGCAUCACUGCAUCAAUAACGUGUUUAGUUCUCGCAUGGGCUGCCUGCAGGUUGUCUUUGUAGUUAACAGUUUGCCUUGGAUGUUGAUUGGCCUGUAUCUUCAAUUGCAAGUAUUAAAUUGGCGAAGCCAUUUUUCUUCCUGUACAUAAGCAAAACUUAAAGCUAUACGUCUGCCAUUAAUUAACAAUGCUCAUUCAGCUUACAGGUUAUAUAUAUGCUCAAUUUUGUUCCAACAGUAGUUCUCACAGAAGAGGUCUUGCCACCUUCAGUUUUGUGCUAGAAUGUAGACAAUGCAAAUUAAAAUUUGAGUAGUGGGUAUUUCUUCCAUGGAUGUCUGAAUUUCUCACUAAAGACAAAUCUAGAUAAUCUGGACUACAAUAAGCAGUAUUCACACGUUUAAAAGCUACAAUUUUUUAAAAACUACACUGUUAAAAGCUUCACGGAUUGCUUUGAAAAGGUAGCCAGUUCAAACUUUAAAAAAUGCAAAUAGAUGGUGUUGUUUUCAUAGCACCUAAAAUAAUUCAGACGGAUCUUCUCUGAAGUCUAAGUACUUUAAAAAAAUAUUCGGCACCUGAGUAAUGGCUAUUACUGUAACAAGGAAUGGGCCACGGGAAUUGGGGAAUGAGGAGUGGGAAUCUCUAUUAGGGGUUACUCCUAGCAGCUUAUUCAAGUAUACUUGAGUAUUAUCGAGUCUGACGGCUAAAGCUAGCUUUUAAUUUCGAAUGGAUUAUAUUACAUUUAAUGAAAUAGUAUUUUAGUUAAUCUAUCUUUGAAAAAAUGCUUACUAAUGCUUCUUAUAGGGUGCAUGUCGCAGCGGGACCAAGAUUGAUAUUGGAAGUGAUGACGAUUCCCUACCUGAAAGUGAUCAAGAAAGUGAGAUUGAGGAUUACGUGCCCGAAAUAGACACUGAAAAGAGCGAAGGUGAAUUACUUUUAACUUAG